GUGAGAGCCCCAUCCUCCUCCUCCUCCUCCUCUUCCUCAUCAUCAUCCUCCCCGCCGCCGCAGCAGCAGCAGCAGCAGCGGCGCAGAGAGCGGACCGAGCCGCCGCUGUCGUGACCGUUUCCCGGAGCUUCCCGGGCUCCAUGGAGGGCCGCCGCUAAAAGCCCAGACCCGCAGCCGCCUUUGUUCUCCCGCAGGAGGCUGAGGAGGGGCCGCCCAGGAGGCUGAGGAGGGGCCGCCGGGGACCCGAGGACCCGAGGACCCGAGGACCGCAGCCCCAUGGCGGACCGAGAGGCGUCGCCGAUCCCGCUGGAGAUCCGCGCCCGGCUGGCGGAGCUGGAGCUGGAGCUGUCAGAGGGGGACAUCACUCAGAAGGGUUAUGAGAAGAAGAGGUCCAAGCUGAUCAGGGCAUAUACUGGAGGGAUGGAAGGACCAAUGUCCCACCGCGCCCCGCUCGGCCCGCCGUCCGCCGCCCGUUUCCACCGGCGGAGAACCUCCGGCACCAGGGACGAGCGCUACCGAUCAGACGUCCACACGGAGGCGGUGCAGGCGGUUCUGGCCCGCCACGUGGAGAGGAAGGUGGCCGUGCCCAUGCCCUCCAAGAGACGCUCGCUGGUGGUCCAGACCUCCAUGGAUGCGUACACGCCCCCAGGCCUGUCCCCCCUGUGCUCAGACUCGUCGUCGGGCUCCGAGGAGGAGGGGGGGCCGGGCGACGACAUGUCGAGCAUGGAGCACUGGAUGAGCCGCCCGUCCCAGCUGGGCCCCGCCCACCUGGGCUCCACCUCCUCCUCGUCCUCGUCAACGCAGAGCGGCGGCAGCGGGAACGCCGGGCGGCUGGCCGACUCGCUGGCCCACGCCCACAUCUCCCACCUGGCGCACACACACCUGGGACACACACACCUGGGCCAGGCGCACCACCAGCAGCACCUGUCGCAGUCGCACCACGUAACGCGGCUGUGUGUUGGGUCUGCAGGUAUCGGCCACCUGUCCCUGAAGAGGAAAGGCGCGCUGAGCGUCGCGGAGAACGGGGGGUCCCUGCGGCGGUCCUGCGAGUUUGGAUCCGACAUGCUGUGGCCGCCGCCUCUGGAGUCGGACGAGAACCAUUCGGCCCCCCCGGACGUGACGGGAUACUCGUCGGACUCGUCCCACUCCCACACGGAGCGCCACCACAUGUCCAACAUGGGGACCAUCGCCAGGAACACGCAGAAGUACGGCAACGCCGAGCGCAUGGAGACGGGUGACGGUGUUCCGGUCAGCAGUCGUGUGUCGGCUAAGAUCCAGCAGCUCGUUAACACACUGAAGCAGCCUCGCAGACCGCCGCUACGAGAGUUCUUUGUUGACGACUUCGAUGAGCUUCUAGAGGUCCAGCAGCCGGAUCCCAACCAGCCUCGUCCGGAGGGGGCGGAGAUGAUGCCGGUGAGGGGAGAGGCGUUGGGAGUGGUCACCAACUGGCCCCCCUCCCUGGAGGCCGCGCUGCAGCGCUGGGGGACCAUCUCCCCGAAGGCCCCCUGCCUCACCAGCCUGGACACUUCGGGGAAGCCGCUCUACGUGCUCACAUACGGGAAGCUCUGGUCUCGCAGCAUCAAGCUGGCUUACAACAUCCUCCACAAGCUGGGCAGCAAGCAGGAGCCCAUGGUGCGACCGGGGGACCGGGUGGCGCUGGUGUUUCCCAACAACGACCCGGUGGCCUUCAUGGUGGCCUUUUACGGAUGUCUGCUGGCGGAGGUGGUCCCCGUUCCCAUCGAGGUCCCGCUAAGUCGUAAGGACGCCGGCAGCCAGCAGAUCGGGUUCCUGCUGGGCAGCUGUGGCGUCACCGUGGCCCUGACCAGCGACGCCUGCCACAAGGGUCUGCCCAAGAGCGCCACGGGAGAGAUCCCCCAGUUCAAAGGUUGGCCCAAGCUGCUGUGGUUCGUGACGGAGUCCAAGCACCUCUCCAAACCCCCCAGAGACUGGUUCCCCCACAUCAAGGAUGCCAACAACGACACGGCGUACAUUGAGUACAAAACCUGCAAGGACGGCAGCGUGCUGGGCGUGACGGUGACGAGGAUCGCCCUGCUCACGCACUGCCAGGCUCUCACCCAGUCCUGCAGCUACACCGAGGCCGAGACCAUCGUGAAUGUUUUAGACUUCAAGAAGGACGUGGGGCUGUGGCACGGCAUCCUGACGAGCGUGAUGAACAUGAUGCACGUGAUCAGCGUCCCGUACUCGCUGAUGAAGGUCAACCCUCUGUCGUGGAUCCAGAAAGUCUGCCAGUACAAAGCCAAGGUGGCGUGCGUGAAGUCCAGGGACAUGCACUGGGCUCUGGUGGCCCACAAAGACCAGAAGGACAUCAACCUGAGCUCGCUGCGGAUGCUGCUGGUGGCCGACGGAUCGAACCCCUGGUCCAUCUCCUCCUGCGACGCCUUCCUCAACGUCUUCCAGACCAAAGGCCUGCGAGGAGAGGUCAUCUGUCCCUGCGCCAGCUCCCCCGAGGCCCUGACCGUGGCCAUCAGGAGACCCGUGGAGGACAGCAGCCAGCCUCCGGGUCGGGGGGUGCUGUCCAUGCAGGGCCUCACCUACGGGGUGGUCAGGGUGGACACGGAGGAGCGGCUGUCCGUGCUCACCGUGCAGGACGUGGGCACCGUCACCCCCGGAGGUCUGGUGUGUGUGGUGAAGCCUGAAGGCGUCCCUCAGCUUUGCCAGACCGAUGAGAUCGGAGAGCUCUGCGUCUGCUCCAUCGCCACCGGCACGUCCUACUACGGCCUGACGGGGAUGACCAAGAACACGUUUGAGGUCUACCCGGUGAGCUCCGGCGGGGGUCUGGUCAGCGAGUACGCCUUCGUGCGGACCGGCCUGCUGGGCUUCAUCGGCCCCGGGGGCCUCGUCUUCAUCACCGGCAAGAUGGACGGGCUGAUCAUGGUGAGCGGCCGGCGGCACAACGCCGACGACAUCGUCGCCACGGCGCUGGCGGUGGAGCCCAUGAAGUUCGUGUACCGGGGACGGAUAGCAGUGUUCUCCGUGACGGUGCUGAGGGACGAGAGGAUCGUGGUGGUGGCCGAGCAGAGACCCGACUCCACGGAGGAGGACAGCUUCCAGUGGAUGAGCCGCGUGCUGCAGGCCAUCGACAGCAUCCACGGCGUGGGCGUCUUCUGCCUGGCUCUGGUCCCGGCCAACACCCUCCCCAAGACGCCCCUGGGCGGCAUCCACCUGUCGGAGAUCAAGCAGCUGUACCUGGAGGGCGGGCUGCACCCCUGCAACGUGCUGAUGUGCCCCCACACCUGCGUCACCAACCUGCCCAAGCCGCGGCAGAAGCAACCAGAGAUCGGACCCGCCUCCGUGAUGGUGGGCAACCUGGUGUCGGGGAAGAGGAUCGCUCAGGCCAGCGGCAGAGACCUGGGGCAGACGGACGACAACGACCAGUUUCUGUUCUUGUCAGAGGUUUUGCAGUGGAGAGCUCAGACGACCCCGGACCACGUCCUCUACACACUGCUCAGCUCCCGGGGGGCGGUGUCCAGCUCCCUCACCUGCCUGCAGCUGCACAAGCGGGCGGAGCGCGUGGCGGCGCUGCUGAUGGAGCGAGCCGGUCUGCAGGAAGGAGACCACGUAGCUCUGGUCUACCCGCCAGGCAUCGACCUGAUUGCAGCCUUCUACGGCUGCCUGUACGCCGGCUGCGUUCCCAUCACGGUGCGGCCGCCGCACCCCCAGAACAUCUCCACCACGCUGCCCACCGUCAAGAUGAUCGUCGAGGUCAGCCACUCGGCCUGCGUCAUGACGACGGCCGUCAUCUGUAAGCUGCUGCGCUCCAAGGAGGCCACGGCCACCGUGGACAUCAGGAACUGGCCGCCCGUCCUGGACACGGAUGACCUGCCCAAGAAGAAGCCGCCGGCGCUCUACAAGCCCAGCAACCCCGACGGCCUGGCCUACCUGGACUUCAGCGUGUCGACCACCGGCAUGUUGGCCGGAGUUCAGAUGUCCCACAAUGCAGUGGGGGCCUUCUGUCGCUCGGUGAAGCUGCAGUGUGAGCUGUACCCGUCCAGGGAGGUGGCCAUCUGUCUGGACCCGUACUGCGGCCUCGGCUUCGUCCUCUGGUGCCUCUGCAGCGUUUACUCGGGCCACCAGUCCAUCCUGAUCCCGCCGGUGGAGCUGGAGACCAACCCGGCCCUGUGGCUGCUGGCCGUCAGCCAGCUGAGGGUGCGAGACACCUUCUGCUCCUACAGCGUCAUGGAGCUGUGCACCAAAGGGCUGGGCCUGCAGACCGAGGCGCUGAAGGCCCGGGGUCUGGACCUGUCCCGGGUCCGGGCCUGCGUGGUGGUGGCGGAGGAGCGGCCCAGGAUGUCCCUCACACACUCCUUCUCCAAGCUCUUCAAAGACCUGGGCCUCCACCCGCGCUCCGUCAGCACGGCCUUCGGCUGCAGGGUCAACCUGGCCAUCUGCCUGCAGGGCACUUCGGGACCGGACCCCACCACCGUGUACGUGGACAUGAGGGCGCUGCGUCACGACAGGGUUCGCCUGGUGGAGCGAGGAUCUCCUCACAGCCUGCCGCUGAUGGAGUCUGGCAAGAUCCUGCCCGGAGUUCGCAUCAUCAUCGCCAACCCGGAGACCAAAGGACCGCUGGGAGACUCGCAUCUCGGAGAGAUCUGGGUGCACAGCGCCCACAACGGCAGCGGCUACUACAGCGGCUACGGCGAGGAGGUGCUGCAGUCGGACCACUUCAGCUCCCGCCUCAGCUUCGGGGACACCCAGACGGUCUGGGCCCGGACCGGAUACCUGGGCUUCCUGCGCCGCACCGAGCUCACCGACGCCAACGGAGAGCGGCACGACGCCCUGUUCGUGGUGGGGGCCCUGGAGGAGGCCAUGGAGCUGCGGGGGAUGAGGUACCACCCCAUCGACAUCGAGACCUCCGUCAUCCGGGCGCACAAGAGCAUCAUGGAGUGCGCCGUCUUCACGUGGACCAACCUGCUGGUGGUGGUGGUGGAGCUGGAGGGCUCCGAGCAGGAGGCCCUGGACCUGGUUCCCAUGGUGACCAAGGCCGUGCUGGAGGAGCACUACCUGAUCGUGGGCGUCGUCGUGGUGACGGACAUCGGCGUCAUCCCCAUCAACUCCCGCGGCGAGAAGCAACGCAUGCACCUGCGCGACGGCUUCCUGCAGGACCAGCUGGACCCCAUCUACGUGGCCUACAACAUGUAGCCGGGCCCGCGGGCGUGCACCGGCGCGGGCGUGCACCAGCGCGAGGGAGGGAGCCACAUCGCCGUCGUCGUUCUUUCAUUCCCCAGAACCAUGUGCUGUAUUCCUGAACCUGCAUACGGUGUUAGAGUCGUCCCUUUUCUUCGGAGUCAUGUCGUGCCGACUGCUCGGAGCCGCCGCCGGGAGCUCGCCAUGGCAACCCGCCGCCCUUCAGAGGUCUGAGCAGAGAGGGGACGCCCGGAGACCGCCGGUUGGAGGAUUCCCAGAUCCGUGGAAACACGCCACGGCGAGCGGCGGCGUCCAGAUCCCUGUACAAAUAUAAAUACUGUAAAUAGACAUAAUAAUCUAUAUGGAGAGGAACCGAGAUCACGAUGAGGUGUAGUAGCCCCUAUAUGCAGCUCUCUCCACCCGCACCCGAGUGUGUGUGCGUGUGUGUGUGUGUUCAUCCGUCUGUGUCGAUGUGUGACGGGGACGUCGGUUCGCUUUCAGGUGCAGAUUUUAUCCCCAGAAGACGAAAGGAAGCCCCGCCCCUUGUCUCUGACGUGUCCGACGUCCCGAAGCGGCUCCGCCAGCAAAGUGCACUGUGUGAAUAGAAGAGAGCAUUACUGUGGUUCUUUACGUGGAGUUGGAGGGAAACCGCCUCCAGAUGUUUUAGAAGUGACCCGCCGCCCAAUCGGAGCGAGUUCAACCCUCAUCCGUUUUAUUUGUCGGGUCACGCCGAACACGACUCAGAAUACAUCAGCCAGAUAAUGUGAAACGUCUUUUCCUUUUGUUUAACGAACCAAAGAGACCUGGAACGACACGGCGCCGUCAUCAAGUCCCUGCAGAAACAUCUGGAAGCUGUCGGGACGAAGGCAGCUCCGGAUCAAGUUUACGUUAAAGAAAAAAGCUCCUGCUGUAGCAAUAAUCCCCAGAAGGAUGUUCUCUACCGCCGCCAGGACUCGUCCCCGCGUCAUCCUCCCAGUCUUCCCUCUGAUCCAGAUGUGCAGCUCGCAGAUGCUGCAGGGGUCACUAGAGGUCACUAGAUCCCACCUGGACCCGCGACUGGAGCCGCUGCUGCCGCGCAUGCGUCCUGGUGGAACUCCAUCCUGUUACCGUCGUCAUGGACGAUGGAAAACUGUUGUCGUCAUGGUGAUAGGAUAAAAAGACCGUCGCUCAUCAAACUUCAUCGCAAAGAAAAUUAUAAAACUCAUCUGAAAAAAUGAAAAGAAGAAUCCUUCCCUCGAGUGAAGCGAGGAUAUAUCAGAUUUUAACAGAGAUAGUAAAAAGAGUUUUAUGAAGAGUUUUAACAGAUCUAUCCCAGGAUCGUUUAGUGUGAAAGCGGUCGCAGCGUCGCUGAUGCUGCAGGAUCCCACCCGUCCUUGCUUGCAGGUUUACAUGCCCGUGGGUUCUCCAUGCGUCUCAUCCUCCCAUCUCUUCGUUUCACGUCAUCGUUUUUCUCCUUGUGAGCCAAAAAAGAAAAAAACUAAAGAAAAAAAAAACAAACGUUAUGUAUCUCAGAAGUUGCUUCACGCUUGUUUGGUUACCUGAGCAGUCUCAUCCCCUGAGCGAGUGAAUGUGCGUGUGUAUGUGUGUGUAUUGUAUGUAAAUAGUGUUGAUUUUGUACGGUACAAGUGUGUGUGUGACCUGUUUUGUACACAUGAUGAUGAAAAGAUGAAAUGACACUUUUAUAAGAGCCUGCUCCUGGCUCCCCGUCACACUAUACAGUGCAAUAAAGUGCUUUGAUUGGCUAAAACUGCUCAUUCUGCUCUUCUUCUUCUGUUUUGUAACUCAUCAGAACAAAAGUGGAAGACAUUGGAGAAAAUGUUUUAGUGACGGAUUUAAACAGACAAAAUGUUUAUUAUUAUUUACUUUAGAUGAAUCCAGCAGAUUAAACGAUGCGACUGGUUGAUAAUACUGCUGUUGGAUCAGUUGCCAGUCUCACAUUCGGCCUCCGAAACCCCAGAAAGGACCUAGAACUGAACCUACGAGGGUCAAGGGGUCUACACCCGCCUUGCUGAAAAGAACGAGGGUCAAAAAGGAGAAGGGAGGGGAAGAGACUCCUCCUCUCCUUGAAUGUGUUCGCCCGACCGUCUUCAGUGUCCAUGACAAAACAGGGCGUCACACCACAACGUGUACCUGGACAAAAUAAAUAAUA